AUGACGCCUGUGGCUUCAACUUUAUACCUGGCGGAGGGAGUAGAAGAAAAGGUGUCAGAGGGAGAGGGCCACGAGAGCAUCACAGUACAACCUUGGACCUCCAGAGUGCCAAAGAUGACCCAGCCUGACCUAGACUACAUUGCUCCUGAGGUGCAGACUGGAUCAACAUGCAGUGUGUUGAGUGACAUGUUCUCACUGGGAAUGUGCAUUUGUUCCAUCUUUAACUCCGGCAAGUCACUCAUUGAGGCCAACCACUCCAGCUCUGUCUACCACAAGCAACUGGAGGUGGUGGGAGAACAGGUGAACAAUGUGCUGCCCAAGGUACCGCUGGGUCUGCAGGAAGCAGUGGUAAGACUGGUCAGCAAGGACCAGCGCCAAAGACCAACCUCACAGCUGGUGGCACUUAUUAAGUACUUCAGAUUUGAUAGUUAA